CAUCACCAGCAGCACCAUCACCUCCAGCUCUGCCGCGCACUCUCCCGUCUCCUUGCGUUUCAUGCCCAAAGCCCUGCUCUGCGCUCCAAAAAUAACCCUCAGCCAGCAUGCCGAAGGAAGCAAAACAAGAAGACAAGAGGUAUUUUUAGGGUCAUUAAAUUGGACCACGUGGGCCGAAGGUAAACCGGAUGGCCGUGGCGCAGAGGCUCCUCGUCAGUAUGUCCUGCGAGGCCGGCUGGACGCUGAGCGCGCUGCUCCUCCUGGGCUUUCUGCUGGGGAUCGUGUCAGCGUACCCGUUACCGAGCAGCAGGACGAAUGCAACUUUACUGGAGAAAAGAUGGGAGACUCUGUUCUCUCGCUCUGUACUGGGGAUCUCUGGGGAGAAACCAGAGCUGAACUGGGAGAGUGACUAUCUGCUGGGCAUCAAGAGAGUCAGGAGGCUGUACUGCAACGUGGGCAUCGGCUUUCACCUCCAGAUCCUCCCCGACGGCAGGAUCAACGGUGUACAUCAUGAGAACCAGUACAGUCUAAUAGAGAUCUCCACGGUGGAGAGAGGAGUGGUGAGCCUAUACGGGGUGAAGAGUGAGUUGUUUGUCGCAAUGAACAGCAGAGGAAGGUUAUACGGAACGACAGUCUUCCAUGACGAGUGCAAGUUCAAGGAGAGCUUGCUCCAAAACAACUACAACGCCUACGAGUCUCUGGUUUACAGAGGCUCCUACAUAGCACUCAGCAAGCAUGGCCGUGUGAAGAGGGGCAACAAGGCCACCACUGCCAUGACUGUAACACACUUCUUACCCCGAAUAUGAUGAGCGAAAACUGGCAAUAACAAACUGAUUUGCACAUGUGGAUUAUUUCCCAGGUAACCUAAAUACCGUAUACGUACGUACAAACACAAAAUACAAAAAUGGACUGAAAAAGAAAGAAAUACCACUAUAUCUGAUAGUAUUUAUUCUAACUUUAUAUGUAUAUUUGGGUAGCUUACUUUGUAUUAGAAAUGAUGGAAAUGCCAUUCUUUGCUGCUUUUAUGAUUUUCAUCAUUUUGUGAUAAGAAGGGGGUGGAGAGAUGUCAAUUAUCCCCUCCGUUUAUAUGGGUGCUUGCUGGAACUGUUUGAGCCCUUGGCCUGUCAGUGGAUGACAGUGAAAUGAAAUGGAUACGUUAUUACCUCAAAGCACCAUAUCCUGAGAAGAAAAGGAAGCAGAAAAAGAGAAAUGUGUGCAUGAAAUUUCUACAGAGAGGAAUGCCUGUUUACUGAAAAUGUUUUUGUCGUCAUCCAUGAAGGACUUGGACAUUUCCCAUCCUCUUUGUUCGACUGUCUCUGUCUCUGUCAGGGCAACUAGAGCACUUGCAAAUAUGGCGCUGGUUUUUCUUGCUUUGUCAUGAGGUGGCGGUGCCUUGAAUUCCUACUUGCGGCCCCCUUCCCCUAGCAUGCGAGAAACGUGGUGCUCGAGUCAGAAAUAGGAAUGAAACGCAAGUCAUCACUCCCUCUGACACCACCCGGGGGGCUUUAGCCCAAUUCCUAGAGGGCCAGAGGUUUCUCUACUUUAUUUUCUUUCCAUAAUUAGACAAAUUAAGUAAUUGAGACUCUAUGCUGCACAGGACCCAGUGGAGCCUCUUGUUAAAGUGGAAAGCUAGAUUUAGAGUCAGCACUCAUCCCCCUGCCCCCCAUGUUCGUCAUGUCCAAGGGAGCUUUGACAAUCCCAGGUUUUAUUUUCACUGAUUUUGUAGCCGGAUCAUGAGUGUGUACAGUAUGUGUGGCCAAAUGUGUAUUUUAUGAAUGAAUGAGUGGGGAACUGCUUGGUUUCAGAGCCUCUUCAGUUAAUAAGCCUGUUCUCAGAAUAUCAUAGACCUGACACUAUGAAGCAAAUGUCCUCCGCUUCUUUCUGUUGUAUGUUGUAGCCCCCGUCAUUCAAACUGAGGUGAUGCAAUUUGUUCUUUAGUGUUUAUAGUUUGUUGUUGAUGACUCACUCUAAUUUAUCUAAUUUAUUUUUAAAUCUAUCUAUAAAGCUAAGCUAUCUGAUGUUGGGAGCUCUUUGACUGUGGUUGGUUGGCUGAUAUUUGGCACAUGGAGUGACAUGUUCAUGCAUAAAAGAGAAGUUACAGUGGAUGUUGAUGAGUAGGAGAUUCACUGUCAGUCUGCUGUGUUCAUUUGAGAAAGUGUAACUACACCAGUUUGUUUCUGAGAGAACUGGAACUGCUUUAAUUUUUCUGACGAUAGAGUUUCUGCACCAGCUCUGUGUAAGCUCAAACAUAACCUAGUUUGAUCUUACGUUUUUAACUUAUGAUGGUGUUUAUGCACAACUAACAUUCAAGGUGUUGCACCAGUUGAGAUAGUUCAAUUCUAGGCUUUAAUGGCAAAUGGACUUGAGCUUAAAAAGCUGCUUUUACACCACUGGUCACCUACACAUUCAUGCCCUUUCACUCCACAUUCACACACUGAUGGCAGAGGUUGCUAUGGAGAAAUGACUGUCAGUAUUAGCGUAUCUCAUUCAACACAACCAAACCCAUUUACACACCACCAACGUAGCAAUGGAAGUAAAGUGCAAAGGCACAUCCACAUGUGACUGCAGGAGCUAGGAUUCAAAUCUACAACUUUCCAGUAGCAGGACAACCAACUCUUCCUAAUGAUCCACAGCCACUUAAGAUGCUAGUUAAAUCCUACACCUGACUCCUUUGUGAAGUCCUCUGUGGAAUUUGGCGAUUGUUUUGAAAGAUGGGAGGACUUGGAGGGUUAGGCAGUGUUCAUUUUGUCAGCUGAAACUCUGUUUUUUUUUAAGACAGCCUUUUUCCACGAGGAAGACUAAGACUAUCUUAAAAAUAGAUCUCUGGUGAUAAAAAAUAUCUGACUAAAAGUAAGUUCAGUUUUCAACUAAAAAAAGACUAAAAGGCUAAUGCUGCACAGUUGGACAUUAAAAAGCAAUAUUUGUGCACAAUGCAUUAAAGAUAAUUCAGUAUUUUUAUUUAUAUAAGUAAUGAAAUUAUUGACAGCGCAUAAAUUAGUUUUUCACAUUUACAUUAAUUUUACAAUUUGACUAAUUAAAUUAAAUUAGUGUGAAGAAAAUAAAUGUCUUGACUAAAAAAAGAAGAGAAAAUGUAAGGACUUUAUAUAAAAAAGUAAAACUGGACUAAAAUGUUUUUUAGGUUUUGUCGACUAAAACUAUACAUGUUAAAAUGACUAAAAUGUGACUAAAACUAAAAAGCACUUCAAUCUGAAGGCUAUGACUGAAUUUAAAAUAGCGGCCAAAAUUAACUCUGCUGAGAAAGAGCAAAGGGUUUUCAUGUUGUUUGGUGUCAGCAGUGUGAAACUCCAGCUUUUGUUUUCCAAAGCCUAGCAUUAAAUAAUUUCAUAUAAAGGAUAGCACCAAUUGAUGCCACUUUUGUUACUUUAUGCUGGCUAAAUAAUUCAUUUUUUUAAAAUUGCAGUUAAUUUCAAAAAUGUCAUAAUUUACCAUAAUUUCUUUUUUGUUUAACUUUGAAAUUCCAUUCUUUUGGAGAAGUGGAAAAAGUACAAGCCUAUCGUACUCGAGUACAAGUACAGUUACUUUGGUUCAAAUUUACUUAAAUAGAAGCAAAAGCAUUCAAGUGAAAGUAAAAAGUAAAUAAUUCAAAGUUUACUAAAAGUGCUGAGUAGCUACUUUGGGCUACUCAAGAGGCUUGCAUUGUGUACUGCAUAGUCUAUAGUUUUUUUUACGUUAAUUCAAGGACCAAUGAUGAACUUAUUUUUCAUCAUUGUGGCUUCAGGAAGAUGUUGCAGUGGCUAAGCCAAAGUGUGCUAUGAGGAAAAAUAAAGCAUUCGUUAAGUGUAAUUUUAAAAAUCAAUGCAACACUUAAGACUUUGAUUGCAUUGUGAUCAAUGCAUUUAUGCUGACAGCCCUUGUUGUCACCAAAUCAUAAUGUUGCUUUCAUAUUUUACAAACCCUUCCCUGCUGCUUGAAGAUUAAUGGAGGUUACCAUCAGCUGUUAGCCUCUUAAGAAACAACUGUAAUGAGAGGCAGCGCUACAACAAAGUGAUUUAGAAAAAUGCUUCACACUGAUUGUUCACAUGACCCAAAUUGGAUUGGAUGUUAUGUCUACUAAUUUAUAUGAAGCUUAACUCUCUGUGGUGCAACAAAAUGAUGUCUUAACUGAAGUUAAAACCUAACUAGUUUCAGCGUAGGGUUUACAGCAGAAUUUAAGACAGAACUUACAAAUAGCUGGUGCAGCAAGUGACUGAACUUUACGUCAGGUGGCUCAGUGUGUCUGAUUUUUUAGAUGAUGUUAAUGAUUGAUCCCAGAUUUUAAAGCUAUUUAUGCAUUUUUUUUCAGAUUGGUCCUUGAGCCACAGUUAAGCUUCUUGUGGAAAAUGUUGCCAAAAGCAGUGAACCAAAGGGAUAUGGUAGCAAUGCUCAUAAAGGCUCUGUGUUUGCAGCAUAACAUACUUGAAUUCAACAACUGCUCGCACUCUCCUUUCAUACUCUGUAGCUUCAUGGAGACAAUGAGGUGGUCGGGGACAGAGAACUAGCAGAGUGGGAUCUAUCAGCCAUGUCCAGAGGACUUAUAUGGGGCUCUGCAUGCGGCACUGGUUGUUUGUUUAACUUGACAAGGAUGUGGAUAAUGUGGGGUAAAAUACCUGAGCUUCAGACCAGUGUGCCCCUCGCCCGUAAAUGUCAGACUGGACAGACGGCCCCUGGAUUCUUGUCCGACUCAUCUGAGCCACUUUAGUACCAAGGUCGAAGAUGUGGGCUGUGUCUUCUCAUCCAUCUCAAAGACUUUAAUCCUGUUGUUUUAGGGAGUUCUGCACCUGCAGGAGACAAUAAUAUUAGUCCUGAAUGUGCAAUGAAGAUGUGAAUGAUUUGGCACCUUUCUUGUUCUUCUGAUCAAAGUCUAUUUAUCAUUGAAGGUGCAUUAGAGCUCUUUUUGUUAUAUUUUAAUACAGUUAUCAUGUUUGGGUAUCUGACCUGCACAUUUUCUAAGUAGCAGAAACACUGGUCAGGCCAAUGUGGUAAGAUGUGAGUAAUAAGAAAGUAGCAAGGCUAAUACAGAUGUAUGUUAUCAUAUUUUACCUCAUGCCCUUUCUAACAUUACUGUAACACUGACAAAAUGUCUGUGAGCGCUGGUUCACGUGCCCUUUAAGCUCCAGCUUGUGUCUAGUAGCAGAGACGAAUGUGAAGCGUCUGUUCAGUGCGAGCGAGUCCGUGAGUGUGCGUUUGUGUGUGCAUGUGUCGAACUGAGCACGCUCCUGUCAUGUUCUGUUUCUGCCAAAGCGACAGUAGAGAUGGUAUCAGAUAGAUUUACCAUGAGUCAGGAAUAACAGGGCAUUGUCUGUGCAAGCUGAUGUACUGUACGCUCCUCUCUGAGGAGAAUGAAGACGAGAGGGAUGAAGGAAGUUAACAGAGAGACUACUGAGGGAUUUACUGUAGAAAGGCAAAUCUGAGCAAGUGUGUUUGUCAUGUUCCUGGUCAAAAAUAUCUCAUUACACUUAAUGCUACAGAUGAAUAACAUUGGGAAAAGGUGGCAUUGAAAUGUCUUAUAACUUUAUGAAAAAACGUUUAAAUAAUUGGUCCAAAUAAAUGCAGUGACUUUGUUAUAAUUUUUUGGACAGGAAGUCUAUAUUUGUGUUUGACCACACUAUACAUGAAAUAAAGGGAUGUGCAAUAUUACUUUUCCACAUUAUGAUUAUAAGAAGUGUGGUGAAAUAAACUAUUAUGACAGAAUUUUAUAAACCUGAGCUAUACCUGCCUGAUCAAGCGAUUUACUUACCACUAAAUUAGCACCAAGUACUCUGGGGAGACAGGUACCUUGAGCUUCAUCUGACUUAGUAAAAAUGCUGUAUGUAAAAUGUACAAAUGCUAAUGAAGACUGUAUGGCUUGUUUGUUAAAAAUUAUUAUUCCUAUAUAUAGGAAUAGAAUAAAGUUUUUGUGAUAUGUUUGUUGUAAAGGCUCAUAUUGCAGUUGUGCAACCAUAAGAUAAGCCACAUUCACCCAAAAAUCUUGAUACAAAUGAGAUCAAAUUUCAAGAUAUUUAAGGGAAAAAUAAGCCCUGAAUUACUUGUAACAAGUAAGAAUAUUAUCCCAUGCAUUUGGUAAAGUGUACAUGUUAUGAGUCUCUAAAUUAAGGCACUUACCAAUAAUAACAGUGCUUAAUGCAGUCAGUUCAGGCAUUUUUUUUUUUUUUUUUUUGCUUUAACAUCCUGAAAUAAGACGUUUAUCUGAACCUGUCUGGUGAUUGUGCCUCAUAAUAAUCCUGAUAAGAUAUUUUGACCAGAAUGUGACAAACACACUUGCUGAUAAUGGGAUUUCUGCUGAGUAUCUGUUUGCUGAAAGCACUGCUGGGGUUUGAGUUAGUCACUAUGUAGCAAAAAGAAUCAAAUGCUUCCAGGAAAAAGUGAUGUUAGAAUUUGAGGGGUUGUUUAUUGGACUGAAAACUGUGAUCCAAGAGAACAACUUGACCUGUUCAAUGAUUUUAAUUUCUGAUGCCAUACCAUUAAUGUCAUUUGGGGGUUUGCCUCAAGUAAUUCUUAUGUGAUUCAUUUAAAGUGAUCAGCCUUUAACUCAUCAUCAUGAUCGAAAAUGAUCAUUUGUAGCUUUUUCAGGAGGGAUUCUGUGGCAGUGAGGAUGUUUCAGGUGUGGUAUUUUGGCAUAUUUGUCAAAAGACACAUUUUUGAUAGAGUGCAAUUUACUGAGCAGUGGGACAUGCUGUUUUUGUUAUGGAUUCAUUACAACCAAAAGUACCUUUCUUUGAUGUAAAUGUGGUACUUACUGUACUAGUGCUGCACGAUUAGGCAAUAAUGUGCAUUUAUGAUUAUACUGGACGAUAAUGCUAGUCCAAAAUGCAGAUAUAACAAUAGUUUUGGGGUGUAUUUUUCCCAACUCAAAACAUACAAAUAUCAAGUAGCAUGAAAAUACAAAACCUGAAGUUAUUUAAGAACUGAUUUCAAAAUAACUUUAAAACUUCAAAUGAAAAAAAGUUUUUCCUUUGAGGAACAUAAGCACUUCUGCAAAGUGCAAAAGUAGCACUACUGUAAACUUAAAAGCCUUUCUGCAGGCAUUCUUAAAACUUUUCAAGUACUACUUUAAUUGCAGCUUUGUAUGCGGUUAUGUAAUUGCACAGCCUGAUAUUGCAAUUGUGAUUUGAUUUAUUGUGCAGCACUAUACUGUACUGUAGCUCUGGUCAUUGCAGUGGUUCUCAACUGGUCUAGCCUUAGGACCCACCACUCCCUUAAGAGGACAUUGGAAUCAAAAUUUCUGAAAAUAUUCAGCCACUCAAACUUAUUUUGGACCUAUAAUGGAGCAAAACUAGGCAAGAUGAGGCAAGAUAUAACAAGCAUGUUUGAAAAGCACAGCAUCCUAGAAACCCUGGGAGGACAUGCAUGGGUACGUUUUAUUUCCCUUUAUUCCCCAUGAUAACGUGUCAAUUUGAGGUGUUUUCAAAAGAGCUUGACAAAUUACCACAUUACCAUGGGAAAAGCCUGGUUGUUCCAAGAUAAGAAAACUAUUUCAAGAUCUUACGAAAACAGCCAAAAUGUCCACCCCUCUCACUGGAGAGCAAAAUAAAAUAUAAUGUAAAGAUGUGUGUCCUUCCAGGGCUUCCAUCUUUUUAAGACUUUUUGCCAAAUUUUUCUAGGCACACAUUUGCAACCCAUCAAAAACAGCUCCCUUUUGGGUCCCAACCCACCAGAUGAGAACCACCAAAACAUUUUAUUUUUCAGGGGAAACAUUCAGUGAUUGGUUUGUGAUUUCAAAGAGGAAAAUUUUAACCUAAUGUGGUCACUGAAAUAUCAACUGACGUGUGAUUUAUUCGAUGCUGUUUACACUUAAAUCAACUGAUCUUGCUUCAAGGUUACGAACUGAAACUGUCAAUGAAAUAUGAAUCUGUUUCAUGGUCUACAACUUUGCAUGACUUUGUUUUGAGGCAGAAAAGUUAACUGAGAGAAAGUAAGAAAAAAAAGGCUAUCAAACAUGAACCCUGACCUCCUAAAGUCCUUUAUAUGCAUACUGAGUUUUAAAUGGAGCGUGUAUGUGUGAGUGUGUGUUUCCCCCCUUUGAUAACAGAUCAAGUGUCUGGAUUAUUUAUCACGCCUGCUCAGCUGGUUUUAAAUUGUUGGGAAAUAGGAGGUCUGUGGGAGGAUCUGGGAUCAGACGUUAAUGUGUGUGCUUAUGUGUGUACAGUAUGUGUGUCCCUGUGUGCCGGCAGCCUUUGUGUUUCUCUCUCAGUUUUCUAUUCCUGCACUGAGGGGAGAGUGCUUCCUCUGAGUCCCCCUCCUCUUUUUGAACAUAUACCUCACCUUCUGCCUUAGUUCCGAUUAUUGAAAUGAUUGUAAAUUAGUUUGAAACAACAGACUUCUCCAAUCAUUUGUUUCUGAAAAAUAUGAUGACGAGUAAGUAAAAUACUAUAUUACAAAUGGUUUUCCUUUUAUUUUUGUACGUAUGUGCUGUGCACAGCAGUCAACUGUAUU